CCAAAGACACGGAGUCCCGGAACGUGACUCCUCCCGGUCAGGGGCGGGGGCAAGGGUGAACCAGUCUGGCACUAGAAAACCGGGGGAGGGGGCUCCAGGCAGCCCCGAGGAGAGGGAGGUAAUGCCCGCACCUGGGCCCAAAGUCACUCAGCAACCGGUGGACACGUAUGGCAUGCCUCAGGCCAGAUGAGCAGCGCUAAGGGCGCGUCAAUCCCAGGGCCUUGGCCGUGUCUGGGUCAAGUGUCCGUCCAUCCAUCCGUGGGACAGGCUGCCGCCUCGGCCUGCCCAGCCUCUGACUCACCAGACUGGUGGCCAAAUAGCUGGAAUCCUACCCAUCCCCAGUUCUUCCUCCGCCCCACUGAGGCUUACAGAGGGUUGUCAGAACCGGGACCGCCUGGGAGGUACUGACCCGGUGGCUGCCACCUCUCCCAGGUCCCUGCUUCUCUUAGGUGAGUUGCCCUGUGGCCCUGCCCAUAGCCGGCUGCAGGGCUGGACAGGGCAGGGCAGGGCGGAUGCGACUGGCCCUCGCCCUCCGGCAGUUAUGGGCUGGGACCCUGGCUGGCACCCAAAACUCUUGAGCCUGCUGGGAAAAGUUUCUGCACCACUGGGUCCCAGGCUCCAGAGGGACAGAUCUGGCCUCAGGAGCGCUGGGCCUCAGAGCCACUGCCCACUCUCCACUCAGCCCAGCAGCCAUGCCAGGUCCAAGUUAGCUGAGGGGGGUCAGGGGAGCCCAGAAGUGGGAGGGAGGGAGAUUUUCCUUUCACUUUCCCUUCUACCUUAGGAUACACAGGAGAGCUAGAGAGGGUGCAGAGCCCCCCCUCCUUGACCAGAGUGGGCAGACCAGACAGGGGUCCUGUGACUGGAGAAAAGGGCAUAUCUGAGUUGCAGAGAGCUGGGUUUGGUCAGAGGCUGGGAGGGGGGAAACGCAGGCAGGGGGAGGUGGGAGGUCACCAAAGGGCAAACCCAGUGUGGGACAAGUUGGUGCUAUGCCAGCCACAUGGGGUGCAAAGGCCAGGGAGGCCCGAAGGCCCCCUCUGUGCCCCAGAAUAGCCAUUUUCCAAAGUGCAAGCCCCAAGUGCAGCAUGAGGGCCUUGAGAAGAAGAGGCAGCCAGGUACAGAAGAGGAGGACAAUUUCCACUCCACUGCCAAGGCCCUGAGGGCCGCACCCACAGAGAAGCAUGUAGUCUGAGUGGACCCCCUGUGCCCGCUCAGCAGCAACCCCGGGACCCAGGUAAGCUGUAACUACGACUGCACCCUGAACCAGACCAACAUCGCGAGCAACAACAAGUUCUACAUCAUCCAGCUGCUGGAGGAGGGCGACCACUUCGUCUGCUGGAACCGCUGGGGCCGUGUGGGAGAGGUGGGCCAGUCAAAGCUCAGCCCCUUCGUGUCACUGGAGGAAAAGAAAGACUUUGAAAAGAAAUUUCAGAAGAAGACCGAGAACAUUUGGGCAGAGCGGGACCACUUUGUGGCCCACCCCAGCAAGUACACACUUAUCGAAGUACAGAGAGAAGAUGAGGCCCAGGAAGCCAUGGUGAAGGUAGACGGAGGCUCCAUGAGGACUGUGGUUUAACGGAUGCGGCCCUGCUCCCUGGACCCAGCCACACAGAAGCUCAUCACCAACAUCUUCAGCAAGGACAUGUUCAAGAAUGCCAUGGCCCUCAUGAACCUGGAUGAGGGGAGAGGGGCCAGGCAGGAUGUGAAGAUGCCCCUGGGGAAGUUGAGCAAGCAGCAGAUUGCCUGAGGCUUUGAGGCCCUGGAGGCACUGGAGGUGGCUCUGAAAGCCCCCACAGAUGGUGGCUGCAGCCUGGAGGAGCUGUCCUCCCACUUCUACACUGUCAUUCCCCACAACUUCAGCCACAACCGGCCCCCGCCCAUCAACUCCCCGGAGCUUCUGCAGGCCAAGGACAUGCUGCUGGUGCUGGCCAAGACUCUGCAGGCAGCCCCAGAGGAGACAAAGCAGGUGGAGGAGGUGCCACACCCACUGGACCAAUAUUAUCAGCUCCUCAAAUGCCAGCUCCAGCUGCUGGACCCAGAGGCAACGGAGUACCAGAUGCCCCACAGAGGAACGGGGCUCUCAGUGAUGCAUACCUAUUUAGAACAGACUGGCAACAACUACAGGUGUCCUGCUCUCCAGCACGUUUGGAAAGUGAACCGAGAAGGGGCGGGCAAUCAGUUCCAGGCCCACUCCAAGCUGGGUAAUUGCAAGCUACCGUGGCAUGGCACCAACAUGGCUGCGGUGGCCGCCAUCCUCACCAGUGGGCUCCGCAUCAUGCCACAUUCUGGUGGCCAUGUUGGCAAGGGCAUCUACUUCGCCCCAGAGAACAGCAAGUCAGCUAGCUGUGUUACUGGCAUGUCCUGCGGGGCCCAUCACAUUGACUACAUGUUCCUGGGUGAGGUGGCACUGGGCACAGAGUACCACUUCACCAACGACAAGCCCAGCUUGAAACAGCCACCCACUGGCUUCAACAGUGUCAUCACCUGAAGCCACACAGAGCCUGACACAACCCAGGACACCAAGCUGGAGCUGGAUGGGCAGCAAGUGGCAGUGCCCCAAGGCCAACCGGUGCCCUGCCCAGAAUUCAGAAGCUCCAGUUUCUCCCAGAGCGAGUAUCUCAUCUACCAGGAGAGCCGGUGCUGCCUGCGCUACCUGCAGGAAGUUCGCCUCUGAGCUGUCUGCCCGCACCCCUACUGCCCAGCCAGGGCACUGCUAGGAGCUCACUCAUCCUCCUCAAUCUUCCUGCCCAUCCCUGGUGUCCCCAUAUCACUCCUUCUUCCUACUCUCAAAUCUCCCUCCUGGGUUCCAGACAGUGAUCACCUCUCCCUCCAUUCCUUGUUAGUCCUGACGUGGCUGUAGCCUCAGGGUCUCACCUUCUCAGGUGAUGAGCCUGAUGAACUGGCAUUAUUACUGGGACCCAGAUACAGCAGUUUGAGGGGCACAGGCUGAGAGUGGGUGGGUUCCUCAUCCAUUCGGGCCGUCCACUUAGCCCAGACCGUCCAUCCGAGAGGUGUGAUCACCAAGGUGGGCCGAACUUCAGGCACGCAGGGGCGUGUUUAUUAAAUGUUGUAUUCACUCA